AUGAGUGACCCAUCAAACUAUGACCCUAAAGUUGCUGCUACCUUAUAUGACACCUUUGGUGACUAUAUGAUGAAACCAACUGUCGUAGGUGAAUGUUCAUGCAGCUAUGCCCUUAAUGUUUUUCUUGGAUUGUUGUUAUUUAAUGUGAUGUUAUAUUUAUCCUACAUCGUUGGUAAAAAGGAAAUCUUCCAAAAACUUAAAUAUCACGGAUAUUAUUAA